ACUUCCGAUCUGGUUUACCAGUCUGAAUAAUAUUUAUAUUGAAAUCGAUCUGAAAUAUAUAUAAUGGUAAAGAGCAGCUCUGAAGAGACAGAAAACAAUAAUAAUAAUAAUGAAGAUAGGAGUAAGGAAGUGGGGGACAACGUCCAACAUUUGACGAAAAUCAUAGAGUCGAGGAUCGCCAAGUACGAUAAUGGCAACUUGUCGUCCGGCGAGAGCCGAACCAAGAUUGGUAAAAUGACGGAAGAGGAAUCUUUCUUUUACGAGGCAGUUACGAGGUUGUCAAAAUUGACGGAAUUUCCCUCCGCUUCUUCCUCCUCGAACCAGCAGACUAGUUCAGUUUUACAGCGAGCCAUGGUUUUCUUGGAAGAGGAAUUCCGCAUCAUAUUGGAAGAUUCAGUACAAGAUGACGUGGCCGCCGUCAAGCGAGACGACGGCGGCGCGUUGGAGGAAUCGCCGCCGCCAGAAGAGGAGUAUCAGCCGUAUCCGCCGGAUGUGGUGACGAGGAUGAACCGGAUCGCCAACGUCAUGCUCUCCGCCGGCUACGAGACGGAAUGUUGCCAGGUGUAUUCCAUUUGUCGCCGGAACGAUUUCUCGAAGCAGAUGAAAAAAUUGGAACACGAGAAAAUCCACACCGAGGAUAUACAGAAGACGAACUGGGAUUCUCUUGAAGAAGAGAUCACGAAAUGGGUGAGAGUAGCCAAAAUCUGCUCCAAAAUUCUCUUCCCCGCUGAAAGGGACCUCGCCGAGGCUGUUUUCUCCGAUCACCCCAUGAUUUCCCGGAGCCUCUUCAGCAACCUCGCACGCGCCGUCGUCAUUCAGCUUCUCGACUUCGCAGACGCCGUCGCCAAAACCAAACGCGCCGCCGAGAAGCUCUUCAAAUUCCUCCACAUGUACGAAACAAUCCGGGACCUAAUCCCCGCCAUCAGCGACGGCGGUUGCUCCGACGACUCCGAGCACGAGAUCAAGUCCGAGAUUCUCGCAGUCGGAGACAGAAUCGGGGAAGCCUCCUUAAACAUUUUCUGCGACCUGGAAAACUCAAUAAAAAACGACAUCGCCGCGAGAAAUCCGGUCCCCGGCGGCGCCGUUCAUCCCCUCACCCGUUACGUCAUCAACUAUCUAAAAUACGCCUGCGACUUCAAAACCACCCUCGAGCAGAUAUUCCACAAACACGCAAAUCCCAACUCCGUCCGUAACGGCGAAACUUCCGACACAACCGCCCGACCAACCUCCUUGUUUUCCGCGCAGGUACAAAACAUCAUGGACCUCCUCGACGCAAACCUCGAAGCCAAAUCCAAACUCUACAAAGACCCAGCCCUACGCCACGUGUUCUUGAUGAACAACGGCAGAUACAUCUUACAAAAAAUCAAAGGCUCCCCGGAGAUCCACCAAGUAAUGGGCGACAAAAGUUACCGGAAAAGAUCGACGGUGGUGAGGCAGUUCCACAAGAACUACCAGCGAGAAACGUGGAGCAAAGUGCUGCAAAUUUUAAGCCACGAAGGGCUUCAACACAACGGAAAAGUAGCCAUACCGGCGUUGAAAGAACGGUUCAAAACUUUCAGCAAUAUGAUGGAUGAGAUACACAAAUCGCAGAGCACUUGGGUGGUGAACGACGAGCAGCUUCAGUCGGAGCUUCGGGUUUCCAUAUCGGCGGUGGUGAUUCCGGCGUACCGCUCGUUCGUGGCCAGGUUUAAACACCAUCUUGAUGGUACUAAGCACGUGGAGAAGUAUGUAAAGUACCAGCCUGAUGAUAUUGAGACAUUGAUCGAGGGAUUAUUCGAUGGUAAUCACACUUCAAUGAGUAGGAUCAGGAAGAAUUAAUUAAUUAGAUCCAAGCAAUUUCUGUUCAUUUCGUUCGUCAACACAGCUAAACAACGAAAUGGCCGGAUAUAUGUAUCGUUAAUUUCUUUCUCUUUUCUUUUUUUCUUAUUUUUUGUUGUUGUUUUUUCUUUGUUAAUCCAUGUAUCUUCAUCAGCAUCUAUAAAAUUUUGAAAAGAGCAAAUUGCCAUUUUGGUCCACGGACUAUACGGGUCCUAUUAAUUCUAGUCCACGACUUUCAAAA